UAGUCACGAUCGUUCUGGUACAGGAGCUACGGAAACUUAUUAACUUGUCUCAGGUCAUCUUUACCUGUUCGACUCCGGUCAACGCUGGCAGCAAGCCACUGUGUCUCUUAACGGCUAUAAAUGUGACUCUGGAGUAAAAAUGGAUCUUUGUGUGAGGACAAGGACCUCUGACAAAAACAGCGUUAAUACAGAUCUGCCAGAACAGGGCUUGGAAAUAAAGUUUUAUUUACCUGGGCUGCCUUCAAAUCGAUAUUUUAGUGGAGAAUAUAAAGUGGAAGAACUGUGCAUUGAUGCUGCAAAGAAAUGUAAUAUUUCACCACUGUGCAACAAUCUUUUUGGACUAUACAAUGAAGUUCAUAAACUGUGGUAUCCUCCCAAUUACGUAUUUAAGAUUGAUGAGAAGACAGCUGUGCGACUGAUGUACCGCAUGAGGUUUUACUUCAGAAAUUGGCAUGGUACCAAUGAGAAUGAAUCUAGUGUAUGGCGAUUCUCUCCACGAAAACAGAAGAACAGUUAUGAUAGCAAGCGGCUAGAGGGGACUCCACUUCUGGAUGCUCAGUCUUUGGAAUACCUGUUUGAACAGGGCCAUAAUGAUCUGGUCAAGGGCCUUGCCCCUCUCCGAGAGCCUCAAACUGACCAAGAGGCACAUGAAAUUGAAAAUGAAUGCCUUGGCAUGGCAGUGUUGGCUAUCUCUCACUACUCCUUGAAGACAAAAAUACCUCUACCCGAGCUUUCUAAGAAGUUGAGUUACAAGAAGUACAUACCUGAAAAUCUCAACAAAACCAUACGUCAGAGGAACUUUUUGACCAGGAUUCGUAUAAACAAUGUCUUUAAGAGCUUUCUUAAUGAAUUCAAUAUCAGGACUAUUCUGGAUAACAGUGUUUCUCAGCAUGACCUUAAAGUAAAGUACUUAUCCACCUUGGAAUCCUUAACCAAGAAUUAUGGAGCUGAAGUAUUUGAGACAUCACGGCUUCUCAUUUCAUCUGAAACUGAACGAGGAGAAUUGUCUGAGAAUGAAAACAGUCUUUAUGAGGUUAUGGUCACUGGACAUGCUGGAAUACAGUGGAGGUGUAAACCCACAGCUGUAGUACCCGAAAAAGAGAAGAGUAAAUCGAAGAAGAAAAAGACCGAAAGCAGACUAAGAAGGGAAAAUGAGAAAAAUAAGCAAAAUUUAAAUGAAGGCUGGAAUCUGUUUUCUUUCUUCCAUGAACUUACACACAUAGUUAUAAAGGACUCCUCUAUCAAUAUUAACCGGCAAGAUGACAAAAGAAUGGAAUUGAAGCUGUCUUCCUAUGAGGAAGCCAUAUCAUUUGUGGCUUUGGUGGAUGGAUAUUUCCGACUGACGGCAGAUGCCCACCACUAUUUGUGUACAGAGGUUGCACCGCCAUUAAUAAAACACAAUAUUCAAAAUGGUUGCCAUGGACCAAUUAGUACUGAGUAUGCCUUCAGCAAGCUGAGGCAAGAGGGAAAUGAGGAAGGCACAUAUUUGUUGCGGUGGAGUUGCACAGACUUCAACAACAUUCUGAUGACUGUAGUAUGUCAACACAACUCAGAGUGUGAUGACCUGUAUGAUCACAGAAUACUAAGGGGAAGUGGAAACUAUAAGAACUUUCAGAUUGAAGUAAAGAAAAAAGAAGGAUACCGUCUACAUGGCUCUGAAAAGUUCUUUCCCACCCUAAGGGAACUUAUGGACCAUUUGAAGGGCCAGAUUCUUCGAACAGAAAAUGUCAGUUUUGUGUUGAAGAAAUGCUGUCCACCUAGACCAGGAGAGGUCUCUAACCUUUUGGUAGCAAUACAUGUCCGAAAUCAGAGCUAUCAGCACAUGGAAGCAUACCCCUUGAGCCAACUGAGUUUCCAUCGUAUUCGCAAAGAAGAAAUUACUCAGGGAGAACAUCUCGGCAGAGGGACAAGAACCCACAUAUAUGCAGGAACACUGAAUUACAAAGAUGAUGAUGAGGAUGAAGGGUUCUCUCCAAAAGAGAUCCGGGUGGUACUUAAGGUGUUGGAUGCUAGCCACAGAGACAUAUCUCUGGCCUUUUAUGAAACAGCAAGCAUGAUGCGACAAGUUUCUCACAAGCAUUUGGUACUGCUUCAUGGCGUAUGUGUCCGAGAUCUUGAAAAUAUCAUGGUUGAAGAGCUGGUUGAAUUUGGUCCUCUGGAUAUUUUCAUGCGCAAAACAAGUGAAUUUCUGACACCAAGUUGGAAGUUUCAGGUUGCAGAACAGCUUGCAAAUGCUCUGAGUUACCUGGAGGACAAGAAUUUUGUACAUGGAAAUGUCUGCACUAAAAAUAUUUUAGUAGCUAGACGAGGAAUAGGUGGUGACGGCGGCCCCUUUAUUAAACUGAGUGAUCCAGGGAUUCCUAUUGCUGUGUUAUCCAGAGAAGAGCGAGUGGAGAGAAUCCCCUGGAUUGCACCAGAAUGUGUUGAAGAUUCUAGAAAUCUCAGUGUUGCUGCAGAUAAAUGGAGCUUUGGAACAACACUGUGGGAGAUCUGCUACAAUGGGGAAAGGCCUUUGAAAGAUAAGAAGUUAGCGGAGAAAGAGAGAUUUUAUGAAGGGCACUUCAUGCUAGCAACACCAUCCUGCCAAGAACUUGCUUCUCUGAUGAUGCAGUGCAUGAAUUAUGAUCCAAACCAGAGACCUUUCUUCAGAGCUAUUAUGAGAGAGAUAACCAGGCUGGCAGAGCAAAUUGUAGAUAUUACUGCUGACCAGAGACAUGAAGAAGUUGAUCCAUCGCUUUUUGAGAAAAGGUUUCUGAAACGAAUACGAGAUUUGGGAGAGGGUCACUUUGGUAAGGUUGAGCUGUGCCGCUAUGAUCCUGAGGGUGAUAACACCGGAGAACUGGUUGCUGUAAAGUCACUAAAACCUGACAGUAGUGAUGAGCAAAGAGCUGAUCUCAGGAGAGAAAUUGAAAUCCUUAAAGCUUUAUAUCAUGAAAAUAUUGUCAAAUACAAAGGAAUCUGCACAGAAGAAGGAGGCAGAGGGAUUAAAUUGAUAAUGGAAUUUCUUCCUUCUGGAAGCCUUAAAGAGUACCUUCCACGGAACAAGAGUAAAAUAGAUCUUAAGCAACAGCUGACAUAUGCUGUACAGAUUUGCAGGGGAAUGCAUUACCUGGGUUCCCUUCAAUAUGUUCACCGGGACUUGGCAGCAAGGAAUGUGCUUGUUGAAAAUGGAAACAGAGUGAAAAUUGGUGAUUUUGGACUUACCAAAGCAAUUCAGACAAACAAAGAGUACUACACUGUUAAAGAUGAUCUCGACAGUCCUGUGUUCUGGUAUGCUCCAGAAUGCUUACUUCAGUGCAAGUUUUACAUUGCAUCAGAUGUUUGGUCAUUUGGUGUUACUCUCUAUGAAAUUCUUACUCAUUGUGAUGGUGAACACAGUCCGAUGGCAAUGUUUUUGAAGAUGAUUGGUCCAACUCAAGGCCAGAUGACGGUUGCACGACUUGUUCGAGUACUUGAAGAUGGAAAACGUUUGUCUUGUCCUGCAAACUGCCCUGAAGAGGUUUAUCGCUUGAUGAGGAAGUGCUGGGAACACAGCCCCAGUGAGAGAACCACAUUUGAGAACCUUAUUCAAGAAUUUGAAGUCAUUCUGGCUAAACUAUAAGACAAACUGUAAAACAUUCAUAAUGGAAGAGAACUUCGUUGUAUAUAUAUAUAUCGAGGGACAGAUUGGUACAUUUAAUUAAAUGUACAGUGAACUGACUAAUAAUUUUGUACCUGCUUUUCCUGAAGGCUAGGCUGAAGAAACAGAAUUGUUACGUAAUCCAACUGCUACGACUGUGAAUUGUUAAAAACAAUUCUGCAUUGCUUCUCUUUUGCACCCCAGAUCAAAGCGUAUAAUGUUUAGCAAAGUCCUGUAAGAAAUGAGUGUCUGAUAAACUGUAUGACAGAGGAUUCACUUUAGAACUGGAAAGACUCAAACUGCUGCGACUGAAGAAUGUUAUUACUGUUUCUUAAAAAGGCUUACCUGAUGGGAGUCCAUUUCUGUUAUAACAAUGUGCAACUUCUGUAUGGAAGGUGCUGAUUUUAUGAGAACAAGUUUUAAGUAGAUAUUUACGCUAAAUGUUUAUUAUAUUCAGCAAAAAAGUGGAAAACUAUUGACUUCAUUAGUUAAAUGAAGCCAUCAUUUGAAAAAUUACAAAGGGCGAGCAUGUUCUAGAAAAAUAUAUUGUUAUACAUUGUCUUUAUCAAAAGCAGCAUACUUUUUGCUAAUGAGAAGUCAGUAGAGUACUGAAGCAGUAGACGUAGUACUGGAAAUCUGACUUCAUUCUAGUAAACACUGAGGGUCUUGGUAUUUUUUGAAGUUUUGAGGUCAACAGCAGAAAUUGCUGAGAGAGUUCUAAAUGAAUAACACUUGUUUCUCUGGGACAGCUACAACUGAUGCUGUGGUUCAGACAGUCUUUCAGGUCCAGUCUGUUUGGAACCGUUGAGAACUUUUUCUUUCAUAUUCACAAAGUGUUGGUUCAUUUCUUUGUUGAGUAUCUUGAGUUCAGAAGUGGAAUGUCAGUAUCCAGUAAGGUCCCUUAAGAGAGACGUGCAUGCAGUUUGUAAUUUAUGGGUUUCAGUCUUUUGCAGCUAUGUGUGAGGUAACCAUUAAGCUGAGACUGACAUUCAGUGACAGUGACUCAGGCCUAAACUGGAUACUUCUAAAAAAAUUGUUAAAAUUCUUGCACCUGCAAGAGUGCAUAUUAAGACUUUUUCCAUAGUUUAUAAAACAAGCUUUGAGAAAGCUCUUUGUGAACAUUUUCUCAUAAUUUCAGGAUCUUACCUAAUUUGAGGUAGAUCUCUAAUUGAAUUCCCAUUGAAGUCAUGGGAAAAAGCUCAAGAGCAGCUUACUGACCUGCCAAAGGUUCAUAAUAGUUGAGUUUGGGACAUAACAGUUGGAUCCGCUUCAUCAAGUUAUUCUGUGAUUUGCUCAGAACAAGGAAAAAGCAGGUGUAGUCUCUACUUCAGGUGGCACAGUGGUUAGCAUUACUUCACCACAAGAGUUGGUUCUCCAGUUGCGUUCCCACCUGGGGUGCAUUCUGCAUGGAAUCUAUACAUAUUCCUUGCGUCUCCUUGGAUUUUUCAGUAAGUGCUUCACAUCCCACAGAUGUGCUGUAGGGGAAUAGUUGAUACUCUGUAUUUUCCAUCGGUAUGUGUGUCUGUCUAAUAAUAAAGAAUGGGAUGGCUACAUGGGUGGCAAAAAGGCAUAAAUGCAGUAAAUGCAAUGCAAAUAUUAAAAUCUGUUUUGUGCCUUUGAAUUUGAUCUUUAAUUGCAGCACAAUCAAAAAACAUUAACAGAGACUCUCACCAUAUUGACAGGGAAAUUGAGCUGACAUUUUAAUGGCUGAUUCACUCCCCUUCUUUAUUCAUUUGCAUACAUAUUUUCUAACACACUGUUGUAAGCUUGUUAACCAGUUCCUUAUUUUUCAGUGAACAGUGGCAUCAGUGCUUGCUCUCCUUUCCCUUCUGUCCCCAUCAGUAAACAUGCCACCAGUAGUUUUAGUCUUUUAUUAGAAAUCUUUCUGAUCCUGCAUGUUCUCUGCACUAUUCUUUGGCAUUUCUCGUUUUUCUAGUAAUCCUAUUGGUUGUCAUUCAGAGCUUUGUCUAAUUGGUAAUCCAGCCAUUGACAAAGCGCAUGCAGUAUUUCAGUGUUUGCCACACUUUUGUUGACUGUCAGUAGACUAAGUUGCCUUUUUGCCAUUCAUCUGUCUUCCUACUAAGAGAAUGUCUCUCAGUCUUUAACACAGGUUGAAAACGCCUGCCAUAUUUCAGUUACUUGAUGGAGCUAACUAGAACAAUGGAUGAUCCAACACUUGCAGGCAUUAUGGGUUUCUUAGAAAUGGCUAAGCCGCCUUCUUAGGUGGCUGCUCAGAAAUUACAGAAUGUAGAUCCCUAAUCACACAGAUCUCUUGGCAGUAAAAUGCAUGUUCCAGAUAUGGUGAAGUUCAUUGGCACUGGCUUCAGAAUUUAUACUUUAUUAAGGACGAGCUAGGGAGUUUCAAAGUGCUGACCUUUGGAUUAGUCAGGUCUGUGCAGCAGUAAAUUUUGAACUCAUAUUUGUACUAGGCAUACGGUGCAUAUAGUUUGGUAUCAUGAUUGACUAAUAAAAGGCUGGUAAAUAUCAAACAUGACCAACACAAAUUGUAGAGAUUAAUAGAUGUCUUAUACAAAUCAAAUUUUUUUCAUAAAAGACUCUGGAGAUGCAAUUGUCCACUUUACAGUCUUAUUUCCAACAUGUCAGUGCAUUUGCUUUCCAACGCAGCCAAUGGCAUCUCUCAAGCUACUGGCACUGGCACUGCCAUGCUUCUCCAGUCUUGGAUGGGGUCGUGUAACUUGUGCUUUAAAGCAUUCUUUAUUACUCCCCCUUUUGAUUGGCUACCCCUCACUUUUUUGGACCAAAUAUUAAAGACAUUAACCAAGAGCACAGGAGGGUGUUGCCUGCCAUUGGAAUGCAAUUUUAUUUCACUCUGUUCAGUGCACCUUCUCUAGGAACCAGAAGGGGGAGGGGCACGGGGCUUUUUCUUUGGAAAAGCGCAGCAGUCUUUUCAGGAUGCCCUUAUUGAGGGGUCUCUCUUGCAGCAGGGGGGUAUAACCAGUGUGGAUGCUGCCCAUGCAUCAGAGCUGGUCUGCAGAACAAGGACUUCUGCAAACCCUUUUCAGGGAGGCCCUUUCAGUGUUCCUGAAAGGUUGGCUGACUCUUCUGCCUGGAGGCAGUCAGGGGUUGCUUGCUCUACACCCAAAAGCUUGGGAGGCCAUCAUCUCAUAUGCAUAGCUGUUGAGAGUCAUAUCCAGAGGCCACACAAUUCCAUUUUUAUUUUCACCAAAACAAAAUGCCAAAUAACCUUCUGGACAUACCAUGCUAUCGGAGAAGGGGUAUAGAUAUAGAGAUUCAAAAGCUGUCAUCCAAGAGGUCCCACCAAACCAGUGAGAAUCUGGGGUCUAUUCCAGGUUCUUGUUGGUUACAGAGAAAAACAAGGACCUGAGACCAGUUUUAUAUUUAAGCAAGUUAAGUCACUUUGUAAAACAGACCAAGCUCUGAAUGGUCAUGUUUACCUCUUUUGAGGAAGGACAACUGGAUGUGUUCAAUCGUUCUCAGGGAUGUCUGCCAUCCUGUAAUGAUAGCAAGGUGGUUCAGGUGAAAUCUGAACCUGAAUGGGAAUCCGUCAUUACCAAUUCAGAACACUGCCCUUUGGUUUCACCACCCUCCCAGGUGUUUGCCAAGUGCAUGGCAGUCAUGGCAGCCUGGCUCAGGCUGCAAGGAUUCCAGGUCUUCCCUUACGUGGAUGAUUGGCUUCUCACCACCUACACGAGGUUGUCUUUAUCAGAGUCGGGGAAUCUUUACUCCAUUUGUAUCUCUCCUUAGAAAUCACCACGAACUAUCAAAAGUCCAACCUUCAGUCAAUUCAGAUGUUGGAGUUCAUAAUCUGUCAGUUAAACAGCAUCUCAGAUUGCAAAACCUCCAGUGCAACUGCACUUCACACUCAGGCCAGUCUCUUACUGUCUCACAGAAAACCUCCUGCUUCUGUGGUUCUGAGGCUUCUAGGUCACAUGGCUGCAGCGAUUUGCUUAGCUCCGCUGGCAGGGUACCAUAUGAGGACACUGCAGUGCACAUUAGUGAGUCGAGUGGUCUUACUUAACCAGCCCCAUGGAUUUUUGCCAUCAUUUUGAUGGAAAUCUGUCAUCACGUGGUGGUUGGAGCUUCCCGUAGUGUCUGAUGGGAAUGCAUUUGUUCUUCCUCCCUCACAGGUCACUUUCACGAUAGAUAUCUCUUGGGGGGUGGCAUUUUGAAGGGAAAGACUGUCCAAGUGACUGUGUCAACAUUCAAGGCCAGCCUUCACAUCAGUGAAGGCUGGAGAUGAGAGCAGUCCUCUUUGCAUUACAGGUCUUUCAGGACUUCCUCCCUUAUGUUGUGAUUUCAGUGCAAAUGGACAAUAUGUCUGUGGUUUGAUAUCUGAACAAAUCGUGGUGGGUGGGACCUGAUCCAUUCUUUUUUGUUGCGAGGCAAUGAGAGUUUGGCAAUGAGCAAUUUCAUCUCAGUAGUUUCUGGUAGCAGACUCUUUACCUCCAGCCCCUGUUAAACCAGACAGAUAUUACCGGGUUCCUGAUUCUCACCAGUUCCUUUAUAAAAGCCGUACUGCUGACCCAGAAACAAUUUCACAGGGUCCCAAGGGGAUUAAGGCCUCUACUGCUUAGGAAAUACAACAUUUUAGAGGACAGUCUGACUAGGAACAUUCUUCUCCAUUAGUGGUCCCUGAAUUGAGGGUAGUGGCUAGGAUUUCUGGCACUGGGGCACUCCAUGUUGUGAUCUCUCUGCUUCCCGUUCCAGCACCAAGUGCAACAAUUAUUGCAGCUUAGUUCCUCCACAAAGACAGUUACUCAGGGAUGUUGUUCUGUUUGCUUGCCACCCCCCCCCCCCAGGUUUCCUGUAUGCUUAUCAUCUCACUCCUGUGGUAAUUGUUUCUCCAGAAUGUUGCCCUUUGCAAAGCAACUGUGGUCCUCAUUGCCCACUGAGUAGUUCACAUUUUGUCCUCUUCCCAGAACCCAUAUGCUCUCAAAGUGUAAAGGUGUAUGCUAGUAAGUGGAAAUGCUUCAUUUUAUGGGUGUCUUCUAAAGGUUUGGACCCCUUUUCAUUGCCUUUGAAUGCCAUUCUUGACUUCUUUCCUGACCUGUUUCAACUGAGAUGUAGUUAUUCCACUAUUAAAGUUCAGUUAGCUGUUAUUUCCAACUUUCAUAUUGGCAGAGAUAAUACUCCCGUAAUGUGUUUGAAGGUAUCCAAGGCUUUUUCUCAGAAGUAUGUUCUUGUUGUGACCUCCUAUUCGAGAUCCUGUACCUCUUUGGGUUUUACCUUUUAUGCUUCACAUUCUUGCUGGACCCCCUCUUGAGCCUUCAGCAACAGUGUCUUUGAAGUUGUUGUCUUGGAAGUCUCUGUUCUUGUUGGCCAUCACUUCGGCCAAGUGUGUCAGAACUGCAGGCUUUAUCCUCAGUACCUCCACAUUUGAUCUUUGAUAAGGAUAGGGUUUCUCUCAUAAUGGAUCCUGCCUUUUUUUUUUCUAAGACAUCUGAAAACACUUUGAAUAAGGCCAUACAUUUACCAGUGGUUUUCCCCAAUUUUUCAAAUUUAUUUUAUUUUACAUUUGUUGACCGGGAAAGCCCGACUGGACGCAGGUCCAUAUUCAGUAGAGGCCCAGGGAGAAAAGCUCCACUUAAAAAAAUCUAACAAAUAACAAUUUUAUGAAUUACAACACUUUCUCUUAAAUGCAUACAAUAUUAUACAUGAACAUAUUUUACCUUUCUUCACAGAUAUAUGCAUAGAUACAAUUAUUGUAUUCCAGAAGCAUGCCACUUGUAUGUAGGUAAAUGUUUAACUGUCUUCAGAGAUGAAUAAGUAGAUACGAACAGAAUAAAACAUCGUUAGUUAAGAAUUAAUAUACAGAGGUUAGGCAGUAUUAGGUGAUCCUUGGUAGAAUCAUUGUAUCACUGCAAAUGUAGUGGAUUAGCCUGGGGAGUCACAUGGGCAUAGCCAGUUGUUAAAGUAGUGGGUUUUGAGUAGUUUUUUAAAUUGUGGAGCAGAACCUGUAGAAGUUAUGUGUUUUGGAAGUGAGUUCCAGACUUUUGCUAUAGAGCAGGCAAAAAGAGAUUUCCCAGCCUCAUUCCUAUGUUUGAUGACAUUUAUGUGAUUUUGGUCUGUUGACCUUAAAGCUCGGGUGGUGGUGUAGGGUUGUAUUAAGUCUUGUAAAAUGGGGAUUUUAUUUGUGAGGUAAUAUAGUUUGUGGGCUUUGGAGAGUUGAGUGGUAAGAAGUAAUUGAGACAGCUCAAGCCAGUUGAGCUGUUUGAGGGAAAGACAGUGGUGGGCUCUAUUAGAGGCACCUGUGGCAAAUUUGGCAGUCUUGUUCAUUGCAUUGCCCUGAUCACUGACAACUGAGAUUCUAUCUGGAUAGAACCAAGUCCAUCAGGAAAUCUGACCAGCUGUUUCUCUCCUUUUCAGAGGUUCGGUUAGGAAAGACGUCUAAAUCUACCUUAUCUAAAUGGCUUUCUGACUACAUUUCAUGGUGUAUAGAUUGAGAGGAAUGUCUUUGCCUUGAAAACCAAAGAUUCACUCUGCCAGAGCUACAUCUACUUCUACAGUCUUUUUCUUGAGAGUUUCUAUUGAUGACAUUUGUGCUGCGGAUACUUGGGUGGGUACACACACUUUUGUGUCUCACUACAAGUUGGAUAUACAGUUGAGAUCUAGGGCCUCUUUUGGUUCCACUAUACUGUGGAGUGUUUUCCCCUAGGAACUCCCUGGAGUCAUAUGUGGCUGGGGACUCUGUCCCACUGGUUGAAGCCAGGUGGCAAAGACAGCAUUAGAUAUGAAAAUUAUGUACUUACCAUAAAGAUAGAUAACUGUUGUCUGUUUCCAUUCAGUUCAUCAGUCCGUCCCUCUCUCCUUUCCCCCUCCUAUGUUAUUUUUCUCCUGAGCAUUGAACAAAUCUCCUGAGUCAUCUCUUCCUCUACCUUCCUUCUGGGGUCUUUAUUCUGUGGUCUUUGAGAGUUACAGUGUUUUGGAGAGUGGCAAAACUCAGUCUUGGUGGCUGUAGGGAGAUAAAGUACUAUGGGUGGAGAAGGCUGAGCUUGGGAACUAAAAUCUUUAAAAUGGCCAGCCUCAGUCAGAUCUGAUAACCCACAGUUUGAACCGGAUGAUAGCACAGCCAUAUCAUUAUGGUUAAUUAUGGAUAAGUACUUUUAACUUUCAUUUUAAUUCCACCAACAUCCCCUGGGCUUUUCUUUCUUUGCCCAGUUGACUUGCUGACUUAUUCUUUCCUGUGUAUGAAUAGGAGCCAGCCAUCUUCAUCUGGGCAAGAGCCCUGUGACCCUUUCUCACCCUGACUGGAGGGCCAACCCAUUCAUUCCCCAGAGAAAUGAGUUAUAACUGGUAGGAACCGAGCGAGUCUGCUGAGCCAAAGGACUCCCCUCCUGACUCCCUGGAGCUCCUAAUCCUUCAGCAGCUAUUUUGAGCUUCACAGGUGCUGCCUACUUUGGAAAAGCAUAUGUGCUUGUGCAAACAUGGUUGCCUGUCGUGCUAUGGACUAUGUGAUGUGGCUCCAGUAGGCGCAUUUUCCACACAUCCAGCACCCAGUGCUUCUGAUAGCUGCCAAUAAAGUAGCAAUUCAAAAUUACCUCCAUCCCUCCCUGAGUAUGGGCUGGCAGGCAGUGGCUGCUCACUUCUGUCUACACAAUCCACCCUACUUCUCCUGUUUGUACGCUGCUAAUUGAAAACAUAUAAUUGAUGGGGGGUGUAGGUUUGGACAGGAACACUUCUGGUUGUAGUCCUUUGUUUUUCCAGGAGAUGCUGAACAAAAUCUUUUCUUUUUGAGAAUCAUUUAAAGGACACGCAAGAUCCUGUUACUGCAUGACUAAAAGAAAGUAGUAAUAAAGUUCUUUCAGCAUGUGACAUGUAUCAAAUUAAAACCUUUGCCUUGCGGCCUGGCGCACCCAAAAGAAGAGACCCAGCCCAAGAUUGAAAUAGGGGUUAUGGUCUGAUGGCAGCCGCCAAAACCAGUGACCAUCAUGGAUUCCCAACAGUUGUACUGGCUUGUGUACUUUUUAAUCCAGAAAGGAAAUAUUUUACGUUCAUCCUAGACACAAGGCACAUUUGUACAGCACACAAGUUUGUAAUUGACAACAUUUAAGCUUUUUUUUUUUUU